AGAGGCGGAAGACGUUCAGUUGUUCAUGUAGCUAGUCUGCAGUGCAGCCUGGGAGCUGUCAAUCGUCUCCCUUUGUAUCUGUGGCACUGGAAGCCACCGAUGCGCUCAUCACGGUUUUCUUUUUUACAUACAGCCGGACAGUAAUAAGAAGGGAGAAUAUGUAGAAUGCAAUUACCUACUGUCUGCUUCUAAAGCCUUCUUGUCAAUGGACCUGACUUGUAUGAACGAGUGAGAUCAAAGCAGAGCUCUGCAUCUCCAUCAUUUUAACAACCUGCUACAAACGUUAGCCAGCUUGCUAGUCAUAACACUGACAUUGUCAGCCGGUUUUAGCCGUCGAACUGGGCACAUGAACGAAUGACAGUUGCUGGCUUGUAAUCCUGUAACGUUGUGAUAUACAUAUGUGUGCCUGGUGUCUUACACUAGCGGAAUAACCUCUCAGGAGAAUGAAUGCAGAGGAAGUGGAGCUGCUCAGUGACUCUAAGUACAGGAACUAUGUGGCAGCCGUGGACAAAGCCCUCAAGAACUUUGAGUACUCCAGUGAGUGGGCCGACCUCAUCUCUGCACUGGGUAAACUCAGCAAGGUUUUGCAGAAUAAUGCAAAAUACCAAGUGGUUCCAAAGAAGCUGACAAUAGGCAAACGGCUGGCCCAGUGUCUUCAUCCUGCCCUGCCCAGUGGAGUCCACCGUAAGGCCCUGGAGACCUAUGAGAUUAUCUUCAAGAUCAUUGGCCCCAAGAGGCUAGCCAAAGACCUCUUUCUUUAUAGCUCUGGGCUCUUCCCUUUACUCUCUAAUGCGGCUAUGUCUGUGAAGCCUGUGCUUCUGGGGCUCUAUGAGAUCUACUACCUACCCCUGGGGAAGACUCUGAAACCAGGCCUUCAGGGGCUACUCACUGGGGUACUGCCUGGUCUAGAGGAGGGCUCUGAGUACUAUGAAAGAACCAACACCUUGUUGGAGAAGGUGGCUGCAGCUGUAGAGCAGUCGGCCUUCUACAGUGCCUUGUGGGGAAGUAUCCUGACCAGCCCUGCUGUGCGUCUCCCUGGGGUGUCCUUUGUUUUGCUUCACCUCAACCGCAAGCUCUCUAUGGAGGACCAGCUUUACAUCAUUGGAAGUGACAUUGAGCUCAUGGUGGAGGCGGUCAGCACCUCAGUCCAGGACUCCAGUGUGUUGGUGCAGAGGAGUACCCUGGACCUGAUUCUCUUCUGCUUCCCCUUUCAUAUGAGCCAGGCUACUCGCCCUGACAUGAUCCGGAUCCUGUCGGCAGCUUUACAUGUGGUUUUGAGACGAGAUAUGUCCCUCAACCGCAGACUCUACGCCUGGCUGCUGGGCUUUGACAACAAUGGGGUGAUAAUAGGCCCCCGCAGCACUCGACGGAGCAACCCAGAGGAGCAUGCUAGCCACUACUUCAACAAUUUCUCUAAAGACAUGCUGGUCCAGGCAAUGGUGGGCAUCUUGCAGGGCAAGGCCAGAGGUGGUGAAGAGGAGAGCAUCCUCAUGCACGACCUCAAGCCAUUUCGCAUCCUCAUCAGUCUGCUGGACAAACCAGAGCUUGGUCCAGCAAUCCUAGAGGAUGUUUUGAUUGAGGUAUUUCGGACUCUACACACACAGUGCCGAACAGAGUUGGAUCUCCAAAGCCAGAGUCCGUUCAGCAAAGAUCACACACAGCUCAGCAGCAAACUACGAGAAAACAAGAAGACAGCAGAAUUGAUUAAAACAGCGAAUCUCCUGUUCAACUCCUUUGAGCCGUACUACAUGUGGGACUACAUUGCCCGCUGGUUUGAGGAGUGCUGCAGGAGAACGGUGAACAGCAGCAGACGUGCACAGCAGUGCUCUGGGAACAUAGAUCCUACAGAACUCUCUCUGGUGGAGUUCUGCCAGCUGGUCGAUUUCCUGCUGGAUAUUGUUUCCUUGCCUACUAGAAGCAUGAGGGUAAUCUGCCAGGAGACGUACAUAGAGAUCCAGACAGAGCAUUUGCCUCAGUUGCUGUUGCGGAUGGUGGCAGCUCUGACCUGUCACUUGCAGGCCCUGAGCCUUGGGGAGCUCACCCAAUGCCUUCGUCUCUGCUCCAAGAUUCUUAGCAAAGUGCAGCCACCGCUGGUGUCCCCUCUGGCCCUGCCCUCGGGUCCCCACUCUCAUGGCCUCUCCAGCUCCACUGGCAACCUCUCGAACUCGGCAAGGGAUCAGAGUAGAGACAUGGAGGACAAAAGGAGUAAAGACUCAGUCUUUUUUGGUAAUGAAAAGACCCUUCCGGCUUCUCUGGAGCCACCUGCCAGUGGAGAAGUGUUUGAGGAUGGAGAAAAUCCCCCCAGCAGUCGCUCCUCAGAAAGUGGCUUUACAGACUUUGUCCAGUACCAGGAAGAUGGCCCAGAGGAAACAGGGCGAACUCUUCAUCCCAACCCAGUGGUCAAAACAGGCCAUCGCUCCUCAGGCCCAUCUCAGACCAAACCUCUGGACAAACCAGUCAUGCAGUGCUGCCUGGAACACUUCCAGCAGUUUCUGUCAUGCCUCAUCCCUUUGUACAUUAUGCCUGUGCAUGUUGACAGACCUGAGGGUGAAAGAAAUGGGGUCAUGCAGUCAGGGCCCCUGGUUUCUGAGGGCUCCCAGCACAGUGAUCAUAUUGAGUCAUGGUCUGGUUCUGGGUUGAUUCCAAGGGAGCGUGUUGCUGCCUUCACUGCUGCUUGCCAGCUCUUCCUAGAAUGCUCCAGUUUCCCUGUCUACAUUGCAGAGGGGAACCUCAAGUCCUCACCCACACAGGAAGAGCAGUUUGACAGUGAGCAGGUUCGUUUGCCAGUGUGGCUGCAGCCCCUGAUGGAUGCAUGCUGCCUAGCCAGUGAUUUCAGCCUACAGGGCGUGGCAAUCUCCCUGCUCAUGGACCUAGUGGGGCUCACCCAGUCGGUUGCCAUGGUGACUGCUGAGAGCGUGGCAUCUAAUGGCAGCUCAGAGUCUACCCAGCCUAUGAGCCCCAGCCAGGGUCGAUUAGCCGUUGUCAUCAGGCCACCACUCACUCAGGGAAUUCUAAAGUACAUCGCAGACAAGACAGAUUUCUUUAAGAGUGUGGCUCUAAUCCUGUGGGACCAGCUGAGUGAAGGAACACCACAGCACCAUCAACGCAGUGUUGAGCUCUUCUACCAGCUCCACAACCUGGUGCCUUCCUCCAGUAUUUGUGAGGAUGUGAUCAGCCAGCAACUCAUGCACAGAGACAAGAGAAUUCGGCUGGAGGCCCAUGUGAAGUUCUCUGUUUUAUGGCAUUUAACACGAGAUCUGAACAUUACCAAGGCUGCUCCUUUCAGUCGCACAUUUGAUAGAUCUCUCUUCAUUAUGCUAGACAGUCUUAGUUAUUGGGAUCCAUGUACUAGUGCAGUUGGCCGGGCUUGGUUGAAUCAGGUCCUUCAGAGACAUGACAUCGCUCGGGUCCUAGAGCCUCUGCUCCUCCUCUUGCUACACCCAAAGACACACAGAGUGUCCAUUCAGAGGGUACAAGCCCAACGUCACUGGUCUCGUGCCUUUCCUGACCUGUCUGGCCAGGAACCAUCAAAACCCAUGUAUACCAGGGACUCGGGCUUCUCAGACAGGGAGAGGGUAGCACAAGAGGAGCUCCCAGGCCUGGCAAUGUGUGACAUUGAGCCAUUCUGUCUGACUGUCAACCCCUUAAGUGACAGCCUGUCCUUACUGAGCCUGAGCAGUGAGAAUUUGCAACUGGCUGUUGAAUAUCAGCCUAGUGACCAACACGGGGAGCCCCAGAGCUCAGAAUCUAGUGGUUCUCAUUCAUCUACAAUGGAAAAUGGCAGCUUUGAGGAACCAGAGGGUGUUAACAACACAGUCACUGGAUCAGAGCAACAGCCUGGUUCCUCAGAUGACAUGUCUGAGAACUCUGUAGAAGAGGUUGUGUCUUGUGUUAUAAAAGAGCUAAUGGACAAGGUUUUAAAUUUAGUAGAUGAGGGACCUCUUGAGAUCUCAUCUCCACCUGAAAACUGGCCCCAGACAGACACAGACAGCACUUCUUCAGAUACGUCCACUGGUCUCCGUCUUGACUCUGGUCUUCCUCCUGAUUCUAACCAGACUGUGCCAGAAAUGCUGGCUGGACACACAGUGGAGUUCCUGUCUGUCAUACCAGCUGAGGGAGAGGGUAUCACCCGUCAUAGUUCAUCUCCUUCUAUUGUCACAUUGCCAGACAGUUCAGACCCAGCCACCUCAGACCACAACCUACGGGUGGACAAUCCCCAGGCCUGCAAACGUAGCCAUAGCAGCACACAGCUCAGCCUUAAAGGGAAGAUCAUGGAGAAGCUGGCAGACAAGUCUCCAGGGGCAAAGCCAAAGAUCAAGAAGGCCAAGAGGAAAGAGGAGGAGAGGCAGAGAAAGGCAGCGAAUCAAGCUGAGAAAUUGCAGCCACCCGGUAUUUUCUUUGGGGACAGCCUAGAUCUGGAGAACUGGUACAGCUGUGGGGAAGGUGAAGUAUCAGAGAUUGAGAGUGACAUUGGCUCACCCAGCGGGGGCUCUGGUGGUACUGUUGGGGGUGUUGGUGUCACAAGACGCAGAUCAUCCUCUGGCCCAGCUCGUUUUAACAUCCACCCUCUCUAUCAGCAUGUCCUGCUCUAUCUCCAGAUGUAUGACUCCUCACGGGCCCUCCAUGCCCUGUCAGCCAUCGCAGCCAUGCUGAGGGCUGCUCCCUCAGGGUUUGUAAGUGCCAUUUCCACAACCAGUAUCAACAAUACCUACACUCCACAGCUUUCUUUGCUCCAAAACCUCUUAGCCCGUCACAGGGUCUCUGUCAUGGGCAAAGACUUUUACUGCCCCAUCCCCCAGGACUCCCACUCCCACUCAUUCCGCAGCGCCAUGUACCUGGAGAUCAUCAUCUCACUCUGUCUCUAUUUCCUAAGAAGCUAUUACUCUGCCCAUGUGGCAGCAGGCCCUCAGGACUUGGCAGGAAACCGGGCAAUGCAGCUGACCAGUGUGGAGGUCUUAACUCUCCUCUUCAGUGAGCUAGCAAAAGUCACAGGUGGCUCAGCUAAGGGCUUUGCUAGUUUCAUCAGCGAUGUCCUCUCCAAGUGUAAAGUUCAGAAGGUGGUUCUCCAUUGCCUGCUCUCCUCCAUAUUCAGUGCUCAGAAGUGGCAUGAGCAGCGGGUGGCAGGGAUUAAUGUGGCCACAGUGGAAGAGGGUCUGUCAGAGGACAGUGUGAUCAACCUGUCAGAGGACCAGAUAGACAGCUGUAGUGCUGUCCAGUCACAGUUGCUAAGACUGCUGCAGAGCCUUGUUGUACUUGAGCACAGAGUCCUUGUGCCAGCUGAUGAAGGAGGAGAAGGAGGACCUGUGGGGGGAGUGGUAGGAGGUGGAGGGGCAGGAAGUGGUGCUGGGGCAGGGUUUGAGAUCCUGGGUGGGGAAGUGGAGCAUGUCAACCCUCAGCAGCCAAUGACAUCACUGCAAUACCUCCAUGGACAGCCUAUCACUGCACAGGGUAUGUUCCUUUGUGCAGUGAUCAGAGCACUGCAUCAGCACCAUGCAUGUAAGAUGCACCCCCAGUGGAUAGGCCUCAUCACAGCCACCCUGCCGUACAUGGGCAGGGUGCUGAGAAGAGUGGUAGCCUCAGUCACUCUGCAGCUGUGCAGGAACCUGGACAAUCUUCUUCAGCAGUACCGCUAUGAAACGGGAAUGACUGACAACAGACCCCAGUGGAUGGCAUUAUGCAUCCCUCCUGACCUGAUUCUGACGGUGCUGGAGGGGGUGACUGCCAUCAUUCAUUACUGCCUGCUGGAUCCCACCUCCCAGUACCACCAGUUACAAGUGAGUGUUGACCAGAAGCACUUGGCUGAGGCUCGUUCUGGCAUCCUCUCUAUCCUUCACACCAUCAUGUCUUCUGUCACACUGCUGUGGAGCAUCCUCCACCAAGCUGACAACACUGACAGGCCAGCUGCUGCUUCAGCAGCCUCUACUUCCAACAUCAACCUGGGCUCCACUAAGAACCUCCGGCAGCAAAUCCUGGAGCUACUGGGUCCAAUCUCCAUGAAUCAUGGUGCUCACUUCAUGGCAGCAAUUGCCUAUGUUUGGAAUGAGAGGAAACAGGUCAAGACUCCAGUCAGAAAUAAGGUGAUUCCUUUAGCCAGUGAAGAGCAGCUGCUGCUGGUUGAGCUGGUUCGUUCAGUGAGCGCCAUGCGCACUGAGACAGUUAUGCAGACAGUCAAAGAGGUUCUCAAACAGCCACCUGCCAUUGCAAAGGACAAGAAGCACCUGUCUUUGGAGGUCUGCAUGCUGCAGUUCUUCUAUGCCUAUGUCCAGAAGAUCCCUGUGUCCAGUUUAGUGGACAGCUGGCCAUCUUUACUUGCUCUGCUAAAGGACUCUGUGCAGUUAGGUCUGCCUGCCCCAGGACAGUUUCUUAUACUCGGAGUGCUAAAUGAGUUCAUUUUGAAGAAUCCCAAUCUGGAGAGCAAGAAGGACCAGCGGGAGCUGCAGGACGUGACCCAUAAAGUUGUGGAGGCCAUUGGGACAAUCGCAGGGUCGUCUUUGGAACAAACCACAUGGCUGAGGAGAAACCUGGAGGUGAAAUCUUCUCCUCAGAUAGUUGUGGAUGGAGCCAACCUGGAACCUGAUGUAGAAGAUUUAAUGAUCACAGUGAUGGAGGCCUCCAGCUUCACUCCAUCAGUAUACAGCGUUCACGCCCUCACACUUUUGGCUGAGGUUCUGGCCCAUCUGUUGGACAUGGUGUUCUACAGUGAUGAGAAGGAGCGGGUGAUUCCACUGCUGGUUAAUAUCAUGCACUAUGUAGUGCCUUACCUUCGCAACCACAGUGCUCACAACGCCCCCAGCUACCGGGCUUGUAUUCAGCUGUUAAGCAGCCUAAGUGGGUACCAGUACACUCGUCGUGCCUGGAAGAAGGAGGCCUUCGACCUGUUCAUGGACCACACUUUCUUCCAGAUGGACUCCUCCUGUGUCAGCCAUUGGAGAGCCAUCAUUGACCACCUGAUGACUCAUGAUAAGACCACAUUCAGAGACCUCAUGACCCGGGUGGCUGUAGCCCAGAGCAGCUCUCUGAGUCUGUUCACUAACAGAGAUGCUGAGCUGGAGCAGAGGGCCAUGCUGCUCAAACGCCUGGCCUUCACCAUUUACAGCAGUGAAGUGGACCAGUACCAGAAAUACCUGCCAGACAUCCAAGAGCGCCUGGUGGAGAGCCUGCGCCUGCCUCAGGUGCCUAUCCUUCAUGCACAGGUGUUCCUAUUCUUUAGAGUGCUGCUGCUGCGCAUGUCACCUCAACAUCUCACCUCACUGUGGCCCACCAUGAUCACGGAACUGGUUCAGGUGUUUCUACUGAUGGAGCAGGAGCUAAUAGCAGAUGAAGACAUAUCAAGGACAUCAGGGCCAUCUGUGGCUGGGUUGGAGACCACCUACUCUGGUGGGAACGGCUUCUCCACUUCCUACAACAGCCAGCGCUGGCUUAACCUCUAUCUGUCUGCCUGCAAGCUGCUGGACCUGGCCUUAGCCCUGCCUCCUGAGAGCCUCCCUCAGUUCCAGAUGUACCGCUGGGCCUUUGUCCCGGAAGCGUCAGAUGAUUCGGGUUUGGAAGUGAGACGUCAGGGGACUCAUCAAAGAGAGUUUAAGCCCUAUGUGGUCCGACUGGCCAAGCUGCUGAGGAAACGAGCAAAGAAAAACCCAGAGGAGGAUUGCUCCACCCGAACCUUGUCUUGGGAGCCAGGACACCUAAUGCUGACCCUCUACGUGAUCCGUAGCAUGGAGCAGCUGCUGCCUUUCUUCAACCUGCUCAGCCAGGUGUUCAACAGUAAGGCCAGCAGCCGCUCAGGCUCUGCCUACACUCACAACCCCAGUGACUCCUCCUUCUCCAGCCACAAGGAGGGUCACAAACUGGAGAGCCAAAAAGUUUUCUGGAGUCGAGCUCGACAGAGCAUCGAGGAGAUGGUGGAAAAAGACUUUUUAGAGGGACUCAUCAAGAUGUGAGGACACGGCACUGGGAGGAACAGGGGCAUUAAUGCAUAACUGAUCAACACUAGUGAAAAACCUCAACUUGUACAUUAAAGAACAAGGGAGUACAAAUGGGGAAAACUGUUUGUACAUUUUUGUAUUUGUAAUGUGUUAUUUUACUUUUCAAAAGCUAUUGUAUUUGAUUUUAAUUAUUUGUAUAUACUAUAUGGAGCAGCGUUGAUAACUGACUUUUAAUUCAUGUGACUCCUUUGGGACAAAGUGAAGAUGCUGUGCCAUUCCAUAUUGAUUUGACUUAAUAAACAUUUCUAAUGAGAGACUUA